GACGUAUUGCGUGUUUGUAGGCGUAAACAAAAUGAGUCACCUUGUCCACCAAUCAAGCAAAUCAACCAUGGAAUGUUCAUUUACAGAAACAAAAACGACAUUAUGACGAUUUAUCUAUUCUGUUAUUGUUCCUCUUUCCUCACCGGGAAGGUCGCCGUCUAAUAACGCCUACGGAAGCCGAGGAAGCUAGCCUAGUGAGCUACAUUAGCAUUAGCAUAUUAGCACUAGCUACACAAACACACACAGGAACCUCCCAAUGGCUGCCCAGUGAAAGUCCAACUUGUUGCGCUGUCAAGUUUCCCACCAGGAGGAGAGAAGCAAACAAAAGGGGAUACAUUGACGGGAGGGCUUGUCUUUCACUACAGCAGUACAAGCCACCAGGCAGAGGGGCUGUGGAGAGUCACAUGACUGCUUAUCACUGAGGAACAUGAAUCAUGACCUCAGUGAUUUUGGUUGACACUGGUGGGACUGUGGUGGAGUAUGUCACAGCUGUGGAAGACCCCCAGCAGCAGGAGGGGGAGUGUGAUGAGGACCUCGAGCCAGAGGGACAAGUGGAGGACGAGUGUGAAGUUGAAGACGUCUAUGAAGAGGCAGAGGACGGGAGAGAGGUUGAAAACUGCCCAACCGUUAUUGUGGAGGAGGUACCUGGUGUCUGCUUAGCUGAGGCGAUGGUGUACAGCGACGAAGCCAACGUCAUGCAGGAAGUGGAAAAUGAGCAGGAUGUGGAGUCAGAAAAGGGGGCAGUGGAGGCGUCUGUCCAUAGUGCCAGUAUGCACUGCUCUGACAAGACCAUCGAGGCUGCACAGGCUCUCCUACACAUGGACUCACCAUCCAGUGUCAGAGAAGACUGUAGUCCAGAAGCUUUCAUCCCGCCGUAUGUAGCAACGCCAGACUUCCUCCAUGCUGCCAUGCGUCCUGACAUCGCAGAGACUGAGGUGGAGAUCUCCACAGAAGACUGCUGCGAGGAUGACGACGACGACGAUGAUGACGACGACGAAGAAGAAGAAGAAGAAGAUAUAGGAAGUCUGUUAGAGGAGCCAGAGCCGGAACGCAGCCAUGAGCCUGUCAGGAAGAGAAGAGCUGGACGGAAACUGAAACCAAGUCAGUCAUCUUACUCAGAUGAUCUCAGCAUCCGGAAGAAGACAAGAGAAGGGAAAGCGGGGAACACCAUCUACUUAUGGGAGUUCCUGUUGGAUCUCCUGCAAGACAAGAACACCUGUCCAAGGUACAUCAAGUGGACUCAAAGAGAGAAGGGCAUCUUUAAGCUGGUGGACUCAAAGGCCGUAUCGAAGCUGUGGGGAAAACACAAGAACAAGCCAGACAUGAACUACGAGACCAUGGGGCGGGCUCUCAGAUAUUACUACCAACGUGGCAUCCUCGCUAAGGUUGAGGGCCAACGGCUGGUUUAUCAGUUCAAAGAAAUGCCGAAAAACAUUAUCGUCAUUGACGACGACAAGGCCGACAUGUCUGUCGCUGAUGACCCAAUGGAGACGACCGCGUCCUACGAGCGCAUCCCGCAGCCAUCAGAUGUGAUGCUCAAGGGGUCGGGCCUGUCCCCCAGGAAGCCCAACAUCCUGCGAGGCGGGAACCGAGGCCACUUGGUUCAUUCGUCUGCUGCUUUGGGCAACAAGACCUUGGCAGUAAGCACCCCAAGGACGCUGUCAGGAGAUGGCAGCCGGAAUCAGCAAGCGGCUGUCCUUUCCAACCCUUCGGGGCCCAGGACAAUGCGGGUUGCCAUGCAGGUGCCGGUCGUCAUGACCUCGUUAGGCCAGAAGAUCUCUACAGUUGCUCUGCAGCAGCCAGCAGUAAGGACAGGGACAUCUGGCCAUGCAACAAUCCUGUCCAGUGCUGCUGGAGGCACCAACUCCCAGCAGAAGGUUGUCAUCCAGACCAUCCCCACGAUGGUACCGGCCACCGCGGAGAACGGAGAGAAGAUCACGGUCCAGCUGGCCAAGAUCAUCACAAUCCCCGCCCAUCAUUUGGCUCAGUGUCAGCUUCAGACCCCCACAGAUGUCAAGUCUGGCGUCGGGGGCUCGACCCCGGGAAUCGGCCUCCUCGGAAGCCCCCUGACGGUCCAGACCCUCACACCGGUCAGCGUGGCCUCAGGAGCGCAGGUGAUGAGGUUGUCCAUGCCGACUCAGGCGCAAGCGCAGACUCUGGUGGUGUCGAGAAGCGUCAGCGGCGGGGGGGCGGUCACGGUGUCGACGGCCAAUCAGACGAUGGUGGCGGCGCCACGCAUCAUUAGUGGCGUUUUCAACGGCUCCGAGCUGGUGGUGGGAGGGGACAAGCUGAAGGCCGCCGGCGUUCCAGUACAAGCUGUGCAAAUGGCGGUGGCGGUCCAACAGAACCAGGCCAAACCCCGAAGGGACCCUGAUGUGCUAAGCAAAGAGAUGCCUGUCGUCAUAAAGACUGAAGAGCCCGAAUGUUGAGAAUCUUCCUCCUUGAAAGUGAGUUAUGACAUCAUUGUUACUCCAUACCAGCAGCAGGUGGUCUUUUUUUGGUCGUGGGGAACUUCUUGCAUAGAACCUGGAAGUAUCCAACAUAGGAACACAGACUUCAAGGGACCAGCCCAGAUCCACUACCAAGUUUUAACGUCUCAAUCACCCACUGACUUUUUCAAACAACACUACAACAAAUUAGAAACUUCAACAGACAAACAAUGGAGCUUCAGUGAGAUGUUUGUAGAAAUAUUUUCUGCAACAAAACCCAGCAAUCUGACUUCAGUCACUGUAAUAAUGGUGUGUGUGUGUGUGUGUGUGUGUGUGUGUGUGUGUGUGUGUGUGUGUGUGUGUGUGUGUGUGUGUGUGUGUGUGUGUGUGUGUGUGUGUGUGUGUGUGUGUGUGUGUGUGUGUGUGUGUGUGUGUGUGUGUGUGUGUGUGUGUGUGUGUGUGUGUGUGUGUGUGUGUGUGUGUGUGUGUGUGUGUGUGUGUGUGUGUGUGUGUGUGUGUGUGUGAAAGAGAUGUGUAUAAAACACACAUAUUGUAUAUCCAUACACACAUACAUGUAUAUGAAUACACGGGGUGAGCCGAAAGUGGGUAUACAAAAUGUAUUUCAACUACCUGGUACAAAAUUAAAUAACACCAGGGUUUCUUAAUUCGCCCCGAGUCAAAAAUACAGGCUGUUAGCAACUUCCCUGUUCUAUUUUUAAAAAAUUGUUUUAACGCCACAAGAUGGCGUUCAUUGCAUUUGAAGUAUCAACACGGGUGACCAGCAUCCAGCAGCUCUAUCCAGCUCUGCAUGCACUACGAAUAUUAUUACCGUUCUGCUGUUGGACUGAUCGAUGUCAUACAUUUUUUAUGAACGGAAGAUUUCAAAUUGUACACCACAGUUCACACAGGAAUGCAAUGUGUAGUGGAGACUAAUGAUGUAGUCAUCAAAUUCACAUAAUUGGACAUGACACAUGUUGGUAAAAAAAAACGUUUUAGAUCUGCUGAAAGGCUCUUCUUUUUGCUACUUUUUAUUUACUGUAGGGGGCUCUGAUUACUUGCCUCUAAAUUGGCGACAGUAAUGAUCCCUCCUGCUAAGUCUUCUUUUUCUCUGGCAGACCAGGCGUGUUAAUGAAUUGAAUGAAAAUGUAUUUCUGGGGAAACGCUGUACCUCCUAAAGGCCAUCCUUUGUGCGUGUGUGUGUGCGUGUGUAUACUAUAUGUAUAUGACCACACGUGUGUAUAUAUAAUAGCUACUAUAUGGUUUACAGAGCAGCCUUACAUUGUUUUCUUUCUCAUGUAGUGUCUGAAAGGUAAGCUGAGCUGAAGUUAAUUUUGUUGUUUUUCUAACUUUACCAAGCACAGUAUUAUAGAAAAAAAAUAAAAAAGAUCUAACAUUUAAAUUCUCAUGAGCUGACUGGGUUUAGCAUACUACCACAAAACCACCAUCAUGUAUGCACAAGCUGCACUGCCACCUGUGAAGAAGAUACACUUUUUAGCUUCUGGAUGAAAAGCAAGUCUGCUUCUUUUUGGUGUACUUUUUUUUUCUUUGUGUUUUUUAUAUAUAUCAGGAAUACGCAAUUCAAGUUAAAUACAAUUGUUUAAAUGUUUUUUCAGUUUCAGAAUUUAGCUGUACUUUGCAGAACAUUCUUAGAAUUAUUUUCUAAUGUAACAAAUAUGUAUAUAACCUAAUCUUUUUUUUUUUGCUAAAGGUUGUAUAAAAAAUACUGAAUACAAUGUCAGUCUUAGUCUGAUGUCACUCAAAAGGUCAUUUUUUUUGUCAUGUUUGCUCGUGUCCGACAUUUCAUAAUUUUUUUUUAAAUCAAAAAAGAGGGAAAAUACAGAAGUUUGUGUUCAGACUGAACUGUUUGUAUAUUCAACAUUUGAAGUAUAUUUUGUUGUACUCUUGUUUCAAAGUGUAUUAAAGUAGAUUUUACUCAAGCAUAAAA